AUGAAGUUCAUCAAACCCUUCCUUGUCCUUCCUUUGGUUGGUGUUGUGAGUUCUGUCGCAGGCUCCAACGCAACUACAACCACCACUAUUGUCGACAUCACUGCCACAGUUCUUGUUACAGCCUCUGAUGGCUCGACUUUCAAUCCCAUUGGCAGCUCUACUGCAGCUUGCAACAACUCAGUCGCUACGGUCACUGUCACCAAGAACGUGUUUGUCUCUGUGUACUACAUUGAGACUCUCACGGUGUGGAUUCCAAUCGACAGCCCUGUCUUUCUCCCAACCUCUGCUCCUCCAGUUGGCAGUUGUGCCAAUUCUACCACUGCAGCCACUGGCAGCACAACUUCUUUCCAUGGCUUUGCUUCUGACAAUGACACAAUCCCCAGUGGCACCAUUCGUCCUGUCUUCAAUGCUACUCAUGUCCCCAUCGGAAAUUUCUCGAUUUUUGUUCGAAGCAAUAGCGUUCCCCAUCCCUUUCCCAUCAUGAACCUGACUGCAACUCGUGCAAGCGGCAAAGGUGUCAUGGCCACAAUCUCGUCUUCUUUGACAAGCUCGUUGACUUCAUACAACUCUACUGCCACCCUUGUUCUCACUGUCACCACUGCAACCACCGUCUCUGUUGACUUCCCAAGCACCGAGACCAUUGAGACCACUGCAAGCUCUCUGAGUUCCAGCCUUACUGCUGAGACUGCGAGUAGCUCUCCCUCGUCCAGUGUUAUUGCAUCCACAUCUGUCAUGAACAAUGAGACUUCAACCUCCUCUGUCUUUGCUGAGACUUCAUCUGGCUCCUCAUCAUCGUCUGCUGCCAUGGCGUCCACGUCUGUUCUGAACGACAUGACCACCACCAGCGUUUUGUCAUCUGUGAUUGCAUCCAAGACCACAACCCUCACAAUUCAGACCGCAGCCAACACCUCAUCUGCAACUGGCCCUGCCCCUGCCAUCUCCAGCUACGCCGUGGCCUUGUCUUCAAUCUCACUUUCAGCCACCGCAGUUGAAGCCAUCUCGCAGUCUGCAGUCUCAACCGCCACAACCUUCAGCACCUCUGCAAUUGAAAAGACAGAGACAGAGACAACAAUUAUCAUCGUCAACACCACCUCGUAUGUUGUGCUUGAGACUUCCCAUCCUCCAUUCCUCAACAUCUCCACCUUCAUCGCGACUGGUCUGCACAUCAACGCGUCGACUGGCACUUUGUCCAUGUCAACUGCUUCCCCCUCGUCUUCUUUUGACACCUCAUUCCCCGUCAUCGUGUCCACCGCAGUCCAGCCGUCCAACCAUCACACCACUCACCGCAGCACGACCGUGAGCACCGCCACCGCCGCAGCCAGCACGUCCACCGCCAUUGGAGCCGCAGCACGCGCACCCACCCCACACCGCGUCUUCGCACACAUUGCACGCAUCAUGGCCGUCUUAGACGUGAUCAAAGCCCCCACCGCCGUCAAAGCCAGUGUUGCACCCGCCUGCGGAAACAUGACGACUCCUGGUGCUGCUGGAUACAAUGAGACACCUUCUUCCUCUUCAUCACUCGCCUCCUGCGGCAACAUCACCGCCACCAUUUCCACGACCCACACCAUUUCCAGCACCACCACUGUCCAUGCCACCCGCACUUCAAUCACCACUGUCAACACCACCGUCAAGACAUACACUGCAGCUCCCACUGCGAGUACCACCAUGACAGCCAGUUCCAGUGCGUCGGUCCUGGGCUUGUCGGCAGUUGGAACUCUUGUGUUGGUCGUGGUGGGUUGUUGGUACGUUUUGUAG